AUGCGUCCUGUUGAGGCUUUGGCUGGUUGUGUUUUCAGACCAGACUCUCUUCGCCAGUCUGUCGUUGUGCAAAGCAUCAAUUUUGAUGGCGCAUACAGCCUGAGCUUGCAUGAAGGCCUCGGCUGCUUGGAGAAGAUCGUCGCACCAUACGCAGCGGUGAACCAGUCUUUGCAUGCCGUCGCGGACUUUUACGAGCAGUUCUACGCUUUCCGGUACAUCUGUGCAGACCCGGCAGCCUCGGAUCAGGUGCAGGCACCGCCUUUUGACUACGGAAUCUACGGCACGCCCCGAGGAGGUGGAGCAUCGGCAGAGGAUGCCCGCGUUGACCUUGUAGACGAGCUGCGAGCGCUCGCAGCAUCACUUCCGAGCAAACCAGGCUUGACUGACUGGUAUCUGCCUGCCAAUUCGAUCUUUGCGAGGCUUCGAGAUUCUCACGUCGACUGGCGAAAUGGCGGCACCAAGGUCGACUCCAUACUGAACCAGUUCAUCUUUAUGUUGCAAGAUGACCGUGCGCAGAAGGCCGUGCGCAUUCAGGUAGCUGCAAGAGACACCGUCGUUGUUAACGGCUUCGCAGUACCCAAGUUUCUGUCACAGGGUGGCGAGAUUGCCAGCAUUGAUGGGCUUCAACCCAUGAGGUGGUUUCGGCUACACGUGCUGGAGAAUCCGGCCUUCAACUAUGGCUUCAAGAGCGUGGGUCCGCGCGCAAACAGCUUCUUCAAGUUGGGGCGGAUUGGUAUUGCAUGGUUGGGCAGCAACGUGGGCGAUGUGUCGUCAAUGAAGCCCUCCGUCAACGUGACAUUUGCUGAUGGCUCGGCUUGCACAUGGAGUUGGAGAUGGCUGUGGCUGACGAGGAACUUGGCAUCGUGCAAGCUCUUCGAUGCUGCUUGUGCCGUUAAGUUUCUGGAGGCGCACCUGACCAACUCCAGCGCGUUGUUUCAGCACGCAGCAGAGGCAGCCUCCCAACUGUCAUCGAGAGAUGCCGACGGCCGCAGAUCCGAGAAUGUGAUGAAACAUUCGGCAGAUGCGGACAUGGUCGAGCUUCUCAGAAAGGAUCCUGGGCUGCGCACACUGCUUCAGAUCCAGGAGGAGGACGUCCCUGGCACCGAGGCGCAUCGGCGAGUGCUUGGACAUCUGGGUCUCAGGGAGCGCGCAGGUCAGGCUGUCAGCCUCCUUGCUUUGCCUCCACGUCGCUGGCUAUUAAAUCCUGCUGCCAGUCCGCUCGGGGCCUCCUAUGGCUACUUCGAGUUUCAAGAAGACGAGGGUGGCAAAGUCUUCGCAGUGUUCAAGCUCAGCCGCCUCUACGUAAGCUCAACCGGAUCUGUAGGCUACGAUGCCAAGAUGGAGUUUGUUAGCUUCUGGAAGGAGCUGGUGUACACUGCAAAAGAAAGGGGCGUGGAUCGCUUGUUGAUUGACGUCGCCGGAAAUGCUGGUGGUUUCGUGGAUCUUGCCUAUUUGCUCGUGAGGGCACUUUACCCGUUCCUGGAGUUCCAGCAGGUCUGCAACACAUACGACAGGCCUGUGGGGUCUCUGUACAAGGCUUGGAGGGAGGUCGACACAACUCCCCUAGCAGCCUUCAUGGACGAUGACACGGCCAUUCAGCAGCGCUUGAAGCAGAUGACUCCAGAGGAGCAAGCAGCUAUGAAGUCUGUUCUGCAGAAAAUCACCAAGGCCUGCAUGGAGAUGGAUGUUUUGGACAUGGAUGACGUGCUGCAAAUUCAGUCUGCUAUCGAUUCCUUGGACACGGGGGAGGUUGAUGAGGACAGCUUGCGCGGGACGCUUGAGAUCCUGACUGCAUCAGCUGAGAGUUUCGGAAAUCCUUUCUCGCUAUAUCUUGACGGCUAUGCGGCAAAUGGCACCCCAUUUGAUCCAUUCAAGUCUACGAGAACGGCACGACGGGGCGGCAAGCCUAACGUUAAGCUGACAGAGUUCUUUCGCAUCGAGGACUGUGUUAUGGCAUUUACCCAAAAGUUUGUUGAUGCAUUUAGAGGGGUAGAGAAUCCAUUCACAAACAUCGUUUUUGUUUCUGACGGCGGUUGCGGAUCAUCGUGUGACACAUUCUCCCGGACGGCAUACAUGAUUGCGAAGAAGCAGCAGCAUCAUGGUGGUUCGAGGCUGCAGAUAAAUUAUGUAACUUUUGGGGGACUUGGUGGAUCCUUUGACGAUGCACAACGCACACUGUCAGCGACGUCAUUUCCUGGGGGGAACUUAAUGAUGGCUGCUAUGGCGCAAUUGUACAACCCCAUCUAUUCCGCUGCAGCUUUGGGGUACCUUGCUGCAGAAUGGGCCGGUUUGGGUCCCAUGAAGAAGCAGCUUGCCCAUUUUCGUACAUUCGUACCCCAGUAUCCAUAUUAUUGGAACAAUCUGCCACAGUACCCUCAGAGUGAGAUGUACCAGAACGCAUUGGGAGACUAUGCCCUGCCUGCAGAAUUUUAUUUUUUUCCAACGGACAUGUACUUGCCGGACUGGUAUGCGGACGUAGUCGGCGAGCCACAUGAGUGGAAUGAGUCCGAACUGAGACGUCUGCACAUGGAUGCAGCCAAAGCAUUCAAGGCCGUGUCAAUGAUCUUAUCACCUUCUGCAGCUUCUCGGGAUCUUCUGGGAAAGCAGCUAUUUCCCGGCACAGUGCUGAAGGGCACCCAUUUCGCUUGGUUGGUAGGUCUGGUGGUCUUGGCCUCCGCCGCGCUGUUCCUCUUAGUAGUCCUCACCUUGACAAAGCUUUCGGAGGGCCUGCGUGUUGACUUCUCGCAGCCAGAACUGCAUGAGCACAUGGUGAGUGAUGAGGUCCAGAAGGUCAAGGAGCAUCAGGAAAACAUGUUGAAGGAAGUCCAUGAUCUUGCUCGAACGACUUCCAUGCUCGCCAAGCAUGAGGUCCCGGCGAAUCAAGCCGAAAAGCUGCGUGCUGAACUGGCGGCUGUCGGGGAGGCACGAAAGAAAGCGAGAAAUUUCGGGGAGGAUUUGCUGGAGGACAUGAUGGUGCUGGAUAAUCUGUCUAAGCUGACUCCGGAAGACAGAAGCCUUCGCAAGGCUACGAUUGCCGGUCUCGAAGGCUUGCUUCAGGCAGCGCCAGAGGUCUGCCCGGAGGUCUCAAAGCCGGGAACAGUUGCGAUGUCAGUGUUGGAGCCGCCUCCACCUGACCAAGAUAUGUGGAAGCAGGUUCGACUGCCUUUGCGGUUUCAUGCCCGCGAGGAAGACGGCCAGUACGUCCUCUCCGCAACGGCUCCAGGUUUGUGCCCAGAUGACCUCAAGUUGGAGCUGAGCCAUGAUGCCACCACGCUCAAAGUUGAAGGCCUCCGACUGCCGACACAAAAGGAAGAAGACAAGAUGCGCAGAAGGAUAGCAAAGAAGAUUCGUGAAACCGCCGAACGGUCGCCGGAGAAGUUCGAGGUUCUGGCAAAGUGCCUUCCUGACGUGGCUGCAGAUGCAUACCUCGAGCUUGGGCAGGCGCAAUAUGGUCGUUUCGCUGAAGCCUUCCGGCUCCCUCACGAUGUCGAUGUGGAGAGUAUCGAUGCAUCGUUCGCCCCGCGUACACAGACGGCAUCCUGCGGGUCGUUCUUCCCAAACGUCCUCGACGAGCUCUGCCACAAGGGCCAUGGCACUGUGAGUGCAUUCAUUGGGCCGAGCCGGGGGGGCGGAAGACAAGGACUUGGCUCGGCUGGACGCUGGGGGGACUCGCUUUUCGGUGGCCACGAUGACUACUUCAGGCCAUUCGCACUCUUCUAG